AUGUUACUGGAAAUAAACUUAGAAAUUUUUCAAUGCUUUCAGGAAUCAUUUCAUCCAGUUGAAGUUACUAAAGGCCUAUGGGUGGAUAUUCAAGCAAUGAAUAUAAUUCUUAAUCCUGGACUAGCCUUUGGAACUGGAGACCAUCCGACUACCAAAUUAUGUCUAUUACUCAUACAUGACCGUAUAAAAGGAGGAGAAUACAUCUUGGACUAUGGCAUUGGCACUGGAAUUCUAGCAAUUGCAGCUCUAAAGUUUGGUGCUGCCUUUGUCGUUGGAGUCGAUAUAGAUUCAGAAGCAAUUGCAUCAGCAUCUGAAAAUGCUACUCUGAAUAACAUCAGACUAGACAAACUGCAACUGCAUUUGAUUGCAAGCCAAACUUCUUCAUCCUGCAGGGAUGACUGGCCAUUUAGAGUUGUCGAAGGAGAAAAUGCUUUCGAGGUAGACAGAGUCACUCACAAGGAUAAAUAUGAUGUGGUCAUCGCAAACAUACUUUUAAAUCCUCUGUUAAAUCUUGCUGAUCAAAUUAUCUUUUCUGCAAAGCCUGGAGCAAUUAUAGGUCUCUCUAGAAUCUUAAGUGAACAGGUCCAGAACUUAUUACAAAAAUAUUCACUAUUCUUAGAAGGCAUAGAAGUGUCGAAAAUGGAUGACUGGGCCUGUGUGAGUGGCAGAAAAUGA